CGUCACCGAAAAAUACCAUCCAUAGCACCUCAAACCGCCCAUCGCAGCCCAUCCGCCUCGCCGCGCCGUCCCCUCCGCAUCCCAACCGCAAUGCCGUCUGCGUCUCUCCUCCGCGUCGCCGUCCGCGGCUCCACCUCCCUCCUCCGCGCCGCCUCCGCCCGCCCCGCGCAGCCUCUGAUGGCUCGCUCGGCCGCCGCCUCUGCCUCCGCCGUCGCCCGCCCGGCCGCCUUCAGCACCUCGGUUGCCCGCCGGGGCGAGCACGCCGAGGAGACCUUCGAGGAGUUCUCCGCCAGAUUCGAGAAGGAGUUUGACAGCGUCCAGGAUGUCUUUGAGCUCCAGCGCAACCUCAACAACGCUUUCGCCUACGACCUCGUCCCCUCCCCCACCGUCAUCGCCGCCGCCCUCAAGGCCGCCCGGAGGGUCAAUGACUUCGCCACCGCCGUCCGCAUCUUCGAGGGCGUCAAGGCCAAGGUCGAGAACAAGGGACAGUACGACCAAUACCUCCAGGAGCUCAAGUCCCUCCGGGAAGAGCUCGGCGUGCCGCUGAAGGAGGAUCUGUACCCCGAGGAGAAAUAAACGGCAACCACGACAGCGCCGGCACUGCGGGGGCCGCGCCCGUCCUCCCGGUGCGCCGGGACGGAUCUUGUACAUGUUAUACUGACGGAGGGUUUGGCUGAGCGGGGGGAGGAUAGACCGGAGGGCUCGUUUUGUUGCGACUUUGCUCAAUGCAAACGUGUGUCAUAGCACCAGGAUAUGCACGCCGCAUCUUCUUUGUGAUUUUUCUCUUGCCAAUGCUAGAUCGUUCGACUCGUGCUCUGGAGCCCAGUCUGCCCCCACGCCGACGCUCAGUCAACCGCCCAGAGCAAAGGCUACGUAGGAAAUGGUAUAAGUCUAG